AUGGAUCAGAUCGGGAACAAUCAGAAAAAUGUUGAUGACGAGGGAGUAGUGGUGCACAAUGUGGACCGUCAGCAAGAUCUGAUCAAGCCCACAGUAAAUAUCGACGCCUACGAAGAUGAGGAUGUGCGCAACGAGAAAAGCUACGUUGAACGGCAUCUCCGGUCGAAGCUCCCGCUAUUGGUCCGAAAUCUGAAAAAGGUCUACAACUGGAACUUUGCUCGGCCGGCGGUCCAUGGGCUCACUUUUGGCGUAGAAAAAGGACAGUGCUUUGGACUGCUAGGAGUAAAUGGUGCGGGCAAGACGACGACUAUUGAUAUCAUUACACAGCUGCGAUACGCCACGAGUGGAAGGGUCGAAAUUUUGGGAGAACUCGAUGCGGCAGUUCCGAUCGGAUAUUGCCCGCAGUUUGAUGCAGUGCUUUUGGAUUUGACCGGUUUCGAGUCGCUGGAGCUGAUGGCUUGUUUCCAUGGUUACAAGGAGCCGAGAAAAAUCGCAUUGGAGGCGCUCCAAGCCGUGGGAAUGGCAAAGCACGGCGACCACCAAUUACGAACAUGUUCGGGUGGCCAGCGGCGAAAGAUUUCAAUGAACCAACAGCUGGCAUCGAUCCAAAGGCUCGACGAGACAUCUGGAAAUAUU